AUGAAAUGUUCUGAAGAAUCAACGAGUCGAAACUUUCAAGAAUGGUGGACAUUCAAAUAUGGUAUGAUAUUCAAAAAUAAUAAAGCGUUAUGUGUACUGUGUUCAGAAAGUGUUGUAUGUCGGACUUCAUCUGUCAAACGUCAUUUUGAAACUAUUCAUAAAACACUAUUAACAAAAUCUGCCGAUGAACUAAAAUGUUUUAUUUCACGUGCACUAUCAAAUAAAGAUGCACAGAGUGAUAAAUUAAUUAAAUUUGUUAAAAAAUCUGAUAAUUUAGUGUCUGCCAGUUUUGAUGUUGCAAAGUCUAUCGCUAUUCGGGGAAAACCGUUUAGUGAUGGAGAUUUUAUUAAAAUGUCUUGGUUAGAUUGCGCUGAUAACCUUUUUCAAGACUUUGAUAAUAAAGAUGCAAUUAUACAACGUAUUAAAGACUUGUCAAUCAGUAGAAAUACUAUUAAAGAGAGAAUACUAAGUAUGAAUUCUAAUAUUGAAAAUCAAUUAAUACACGAUUUAAAUCAAAGUUCAUUUUUUUCUAUUUGCAUCGAUGAGAGUACAGAUAUAACAUCGUCUGCGCGUCUUUCAAUAAUUUCUCGUUUCUGUAUUAACGAUGAAGUUCGUGAAGAACUUAUAAAAUUAGCAUCUAUACCAGCUAAAACUACUGGUGAAAAUAUAUGUGAAGUUGUUGUAAAUGUCCUUGAAGAUAUUGGAUUAAAUUUAUCUAAAAUUAUAUCAGUAACUACCGAUGGCGCCCCUUGUAUGAUUGGAAAAGACCGUGGUUUUGUUAACCUUUUUUCAAAGAAAAUUGGACAUCCUUUAAUUGGUUUUCAUUGUAUAAUUCAUCAGGAAGCGUUGUGUGCUAAGGAUGGACUAUUGCAGUAUGAAAAUAUUUUAAAGCUUGUAACAAAAAUUGUAAACUUUAUAAACGCCCGAGCAUUAAAUAAAAGGCAAUUCAGUUUAUUAUUAGAAGAAUUCCUCAAAUGCCCUGAUACUUGCAAUUUCGAUGAAUUAGAUUUACAUUAUUUUGAAUGGAUGAAUAUAGAUACAUUUGAAUUUGAGUUAAUUGAUCUUCAAUCCUGUAAUACGUGGAAACAAAAAUUCAUUGACUUAAGACAACUAAUCGAAGAAAUAGAAAUCAACCGUCUUCAAGCAAACGCGGUAAAAAAUGCAGAUAAUGAAAUUCUUAAAGUCUGGAACUCGCUUCCAAACACAUUUAAUACAUUAAAAAAAGUUGCUCGAUCUAUCCUAUCAAUUUUUUCGUCAACUUAUGCUUGUGAAAGUUUAUUCUCCAUAAUGAAUUUAAUAAAAACGAAGCAGAGAAAUACAUUAAUCGAUGAAACUAGUGCUGCUUGUGUUUCACUGAAAACUACCAACUAUACUCCAGAUAUUAAAAUAAAAUCCUCAGUUUAUAGAAAUCCUCAACAUUUGCCUCAAACACCAGUAAAAUCUCCAGAUUGGGGAUUAAUCCCCAGACCUGGCAACACUGAUUAA